GAGUGUGUGUGUCAUAAUUCGGAUGGCCAAUGUCCAAAAGUUCUGUCUCUGCAGCUUUUCUUAGCGUACACGCUGGCGAUCAUGUCGGAUAAAACAAUAUCCCUGAUAAGUUUGUUUAUUAAGUUAUUUCAUUCUGCACCCUCCCUAAGUGUUCCAGCGGAUGUCCGUGGCCAUGGUGAGCUGCCAGCACCAGCCUGAGAGCCAUCACAUUACAAAUGGCAAAGUGUUACUCGCCUCAUACGCUCGGAAUAUAUACAGUUGCUAUCGGUUUUGAUUCAACCGACAAUACUCGUAUGAAUGUCCUCCUCAAUACAAAUCCCACCACAACAAGUCCGUGUUGACCUCACAGACACUUAUGGAGCACUUUUCAUUGGGUCUAUCCUUGCAGCAAUGCUCUUUGGUCUAACCACCGUUCAAGCUUUCAUCUACUUCCGAACACAUGCUGGUAGAUGGACCAAAUUUUAUAGGCUCGUCGUCUUGUUUCUUUGGACACUCGAUGCUGUGCAAGUGGCAGCAACCGUCCAUUGCGUCUAUUAUUAUUUAGUGACCAACUUCUCGAAUAUCUUUGCACUCGCGACAGCUAUAUGGAGUUUUAAACUUCAGACAGUAUUCAACAUUCUUACCGUAUAUGUGAUCCAUAUGCUAUAUUCUCAUCGCAUUUGGAUAGUUGGGAGGGAUCGGUCAAGAAUUUUCCGUAUAAUACCGGGCAUAGUCAUCCUUUCAAGUUCAGGUAUUGCCAUCGCCUUGAUUUAUGUGGUGUAUGGUCAAGUUUCGUCUGGAAUGUUUUUGGACCGGUGGACCGUGUUCCUGGCUUUGAGCGUAGCUACUUUCCUCGAUAUACUCGUUACAUCCUCGUUAUGGUAUCUCUUCGCUAGUUCCCGCACUGGGUUCUCCAGCACGGAUGGCUUUAUCACAAGGCUCAUCUGUUGCACAAUCAAUAGUGGUUGCCUGACAAGUAUAUGCGCAUUGGCAUCUAUCCUUACGUGCGCAGUGAUGCCAUACAACUUCAUUUUCCUCAGCAUUCAAUUUGUACUGGCUAAACUCUACGUCAACUCGUACAUUGCACUUUUGAACACGGGAUGCUACACACAAUCUACUAGUAACAUGGGCGCCAUCAAUUCCUUCGAACUUCGCCGUGAGCACAAGAGAGAUUCUUUUAAUGCCAAUGCUGCCAAUACUAUGCCACACGAUAUGUCGCAGGAGAAAUUCCCAUCAUUUAGGAAUAGCCUGCUCGCGCAUCCCGAUGUCGAAGUGAUACCUCCUACUCGACCCUCAAUGGUUGCCAAGUCACAACGGUCGAUUUUGGUAACGGUGCAGCAGGAGUCUUUCGUAGAUCUUUAAAGUUUAAACUAAUUAUCCGUCCAUCUGGUCAUGAGGCAGAAUCCUAAAUGGUCUUCCAGUUUGCUGUGUACUUUACAAAAUUAUCAGUCCAUUUAAAUCGAGUCCUGAUUAUGAUGGUCACGGUGACACGGUGCGCUUGAGUGGACCUCGUGGGUCGUGUACGUCAUUCCAAAUACUGCCUUGGCAACAAAGAGUUCUUCUGGAUUGCGCAUCGCACACACCCUCAAACUAUCAAAAAAAAAAUUGAAUAGCGUCUAUGCAAGUCUUGCCCCACCGGUCCGGGGCAAGAUUGCAUUUGC